GCAGGAAGAACUCCUCAGUGUGAACCUGACCUCACAGCUGUCUGUCACCAGCAGAUCAUAUCUGAAGUGUUGGGUUCAGUGUCCUCUCGUCCUUCAGCUGCUGCAGCUGUUCAAACAAGUUAAAUGUUCAGAGGGACAAAACUAACGACAAUUAUUCUAUCAGAUUAUAAAAUGGUACAGAUGUGAAGAAUAACAAAAAGUUUAGGAAAGUCAAAACAUGUCUCAUUGUUCACUGUAAACACAACUUAUCUGCAUAUAUUUAUAGAAUUAUCAGAAGGAUAAUAACUUAAUAACAUUCUGCUGGAGACAAAACAGAAAUAUUGUGAAUUUAUUGCAUUUAAAAAAAACAUAUUUUCAUAUGAUAUAAAUGAAUGAUUUAGAUGUUUCACAUGUGAAAAUUAAAUUGUGGUUUUCAGACUUUAAUAUGUGAAGAAAAAUAUUUUAAUUAAUAUUUAUAAAUUAACCUGCAAUAAAACAUGUGGUCUUUGGAUAAUAUUUAAUGACAUAUGAAUAUUGUUACAGCAUAUUAAGCUUUUGUUUAUGUUUGUAAAGCUGCAAAGUUUUGACAGAAACACUGAAAACAUAAUUUGAAAGCUUCUCUGAAGAGUCAGUACAGUAAUUAAAUUCUGAAUGUAGCAUGCAUUUAAUAUGCUCAAAUUGCGCAUAAUAUUUUGCAUGCUUGUAUGUUAACAAUAUUAUAUUAAUGAAAAAAUAUACUAAUAAUAAAAAUAUACUAAAUAACACUGAUCUCCCUGAUCUUCUUGCUGGAUCUCUUGACACCUUAAAGGAUGACUCUAGCAGCGUGCAUUUCCGUGCAGUGACGUAGGUUACAGCAGUAAUCUGUGAACACAAGCACGAGCUGAGUCACCGCGAGCAUCAAUAAAUUUAGAAAUGACAGCACAGAAUCUCCUGCUGUGGACGUCACGUUAGUUCAGAUUUGAAAGUCACAAAACACACAAAAAGAAACAGAAUGAGGUGGCGAUAACGUAAAAUUCAGCUUUUUUUCAAUGGAGUCUGGUGGCUUUGCAGGGAACUUAGAUAACAGCUUUAAUUCCCUGUCUGCAGAGCUGGAAAAUUGGUGGAAAUAUCCAUAAUAUAGUGUACACUGAACCUGAUAUUGUUUUGUUUUUUGGUGGCAUGAAUACUUUUUGCAGUGGCCCUUGUCUUCAGCAGGACAGAUUGCUCUCUUCUAAACCACCAGACUCCAUUGACAAAAGCAGUAAUUUUAGCUCUCAGAGCACAGAAGUUGUUUUUGGUGUGUUUGAGUUAUUGUGACUUCAGCUGUUGUUAAUACACAUUUAGCAGCACCAUCACAUGUUUAAUUUUGUGAAUCUUGCAGAAUUAGAGCUUUUUCGCCUCUGAGUCCAGUCAACAUGACUCCUUUGAUCAUGGGAUUAUGACACACCUUUCACUGUGAGAGUCUGUGAGCUUCAGCUGUUUGUUGUGUUUGUUUGACAGGAGGAUGAUUAAAGAGCUCCUUCAAGUCUCAUUGAGCUGGAACUGAGAGAAACAAGUGCUGAUGGCGGCACUGGGAGCAGAGGUCGCCGGGUCGUGGGUCCUGACGUCAGGAGUCGUCAGCUUCUUCAUCGUCCUUGUCCUCCUCUCCAUCUUCCUCACGGCGCUCUGCAGCGAGUGCAGCAGGCGUUCGUUCGAGCUGCGGGACCCUGAUACGGGCAAAGACCCUUCAGCUCUCAUCAGAGUGGUGAAGCUGGAAGAAGUGGCGAGAGAGAAUCCGAUGAUCAACGAGAUCCAAAACGAUGAGAAAGAUGUUCAGACUAACGGCAGCCCAGCCGUGAAGCAGACAGCCGACAGAGACUCUGAACUUGCUGCAGAGUCAAAUCCUGAUGAGGAAACCUCUCCCGUGUCCUUCACGCCCUGGAGGAGCCACCUGGGAGCGCCACAGAGCAACCCAGAUGUGGAUAGCUCCGCCCUGGAUCACAUCUACCACACCAUCGGAGGAGGAGGAGGAGGAGGUGGGCGGGGCAACGGCAACAUGUCAUCACCACCGACCAAUCAGGAGCCAGCAGGAGCUCACUCUGCGGGGGCGGGAGAUUCAACCGACAGGAACUCCGUGUACGCACGAGUCAGCAAGAAGACCAGGCCAGCCCCUCCCCCUUACCCCGCACCUGCACCUGAGCAGCUACAGGUACAGCAGGAGGAGGAGGAGUCCUCACCGCCGCUGCCCCGCAGGAGGACACCGGUCUGAGAGGAUAGAGGACAGACAGGCUGAGAGGACAGACGGAGGGACGGCAGCUAAAGGACAAAAGAUUAAAGACUGACGAUGAUAAAUCUGGUGGGACGAGAGAUGAAUGAUCAGAAGAAUAAAAGUUCAGAUGCAGGACAAACAAGGAGAAGGACAAAAACUAAAUAUAAAAUAUGUUUGUGCUUUAAAACAUUCCAUCAUAAUAAAUGUGUAAAUAUUAA